AUAGUAUAAAAAUGUUGUAAAACGAAAGGAUUUUGAAAUAUAUUUUUUUGACAGCAAGAUAAAAAGUAUUUUUAAAACAUGCAAAACCAGCAAAGCCAUCGACAUUGAGCUUCUUACAUGAGGAAGAAGAACCCAACAUUGUCCCCUUAACCCAACCCAACAACUUCACUUCACCAGAGACAAAUGAAGCCACCGCCACAUCUCUUCCAUCUCCGGCGCCACUUGGCAACAAAGUACACCGCGAAGAUCACCUCCACCACUCCGACGGGCCGGUCCCUGGCGGCCGAGGUGACUCCGCCGCCGCCCCUCCCCUCGGACUCCCGCGGGUACCUCCUCCCGCGGCGCGACCUAAUCUGCAAAGCCAGCCAAAUCCUCCUCUCCCCUCCCCCCUCCUCCCUCUCCGACCCCUUCUCCGACCUCUCGGACUACCUCCACUCCCUCUCCCUCUCCCUGACGCCCUCCGAAGCCUCCGAAAUCCUCAAAACCCUAAAAACCCCCUCCCUCGCCCUCAAAUUCUUCCACCUCUGCCCCUCCCUCUCCCCCAGCUUCCGCCACGAGUCCUUCACCUACAACCGCCUCUUCCUCAUCCUCUCCAAGUCCACCAGCCCCGACCGCUUCGACCAGGCCCGCUCCCUCCUCGACCACAUGCUCCGGCACGCCGUCCUCGGCUCCAUCUCCACCGUCAACAUCCUCGUCUCCCUGUUCGGCACCACCGAGGACUUGCGCCGCUGCGUUGAGCUCGUCCAGAAGUGGGACCUCAGGCUCAACGCUUACACCUUCAAGUGCCUGCUCCAGGCCUACUUGAGGUCCCGCGACUCCGAGAGCGCGUUUCGGGUAUACUUGGAUAUGCUCCGCCGUGGGUAUAAGUUGGACAUUUUUGGUUACAACAUGCUUUUGGAUGCCUUGGCCAAGGAUGAAAAGUUAGAUAAAGCAUAUAAAGUUUUUGAGGAUAUGAAGCGGAGGCAUUGUGAGCCUGAUGUGUUCACUUACACUAUUAUGAUCAGAAUGGCUGGGAAAUCUGGCAAAACUGAUGAGUCACUAUCACUUUUUCAGGCAAUGUUAGCAAAGGGAUGUACUCUUAAUUUGAUUGCUUAUAAUACUAUGAUUGAGGCACUUGCCAGGGGGCGAAUGGUUGACAAGACCAUCUUGCUUUUCUCAAAGAUGGUGGAGAAUGAUUGUCAGCCUAAUGAAUUUACAUACACUGUGAUUUUGAAUCUUCUGGUUGCAGAAGGGAAGCUUAAUAAGCUAGACAAUAUUGUGGACAUAUCAAAGAAAUAUAUGAAUAAGCAGAUAUAUGCAUAUUUUGUUAGGACUUUAAGCAAACUGGGUCAUGCUUCUGAAGCACAUAGGUUAUUUUGCAAUAUGUGGACCUUUCAUGACAAGGGUGACAAAGAUGCUUGCAUGUCCAUGUUGGAGAGUUUAUGUAGUGCUGGUAAAAUGACAGAAGCUAUAGACCUUCUGAAUAGAAUUCAUGAAAAGGGUAUAACCACCGAUACUAUCAUGUAUAAUACAGUAUUCACAGCUCUGGGCAGGUUGAAACAAAUAUCACACAUUCAUGAUCUUUAUGAAAAGAUGAAACAAGAUGGUCCCCCACCAGACAUAUUUACAUACAAUAUUUUGAUAUCCAGCUUUGGCAGGGCUGGAAGAGUAGACAUUGCUGUUAAAAUUUUUGAAGAACUAGAGAAUAGCGAUUGUAAGCCUGAUGUCAUUUCCUAUAACUCACUGAUCAAUUGCCUUGGAAAGAAUGGGGACGUUGAUGAAGCUCACAUGAGAUUUAAAGAGAUGCAAGAGAAAGGAUUAAAUCCAGAUGUUGUGACUUAUAGUACACUUAUUGAGUGCUUUGGCAAGACGGAUAAAGUUGAAAUGGCGUGCAGGUUGUUUGAUGAAAUGCUUUCUGAAGAAUGCACUCCUAACUUGAUCACGUAUAAUAUUUUGCUUGACUGUCUUGAAAGGUGUGGAAGAACAGCUGAGGCAGUGGACCUUUAUGCAAAACUUAAGCAGCAAGGAUUGACUCCAGAUUCAAUCACGUAUGCGGUGCUCGAGCGGUUGCAAAGUGGCGGACAUGGGAAGUUGAAAUUUCGCAGGCAGAACCCAAUUACAGGCUGGGUUGUUAGCCCUCUGAGAUGACACUGGAAACAAAUAAUUGAUGUACAUUCCUAUCAAGCAUAAAUCAUUUGUAUGUAAGCUUUCUCAGGUUGCUUCUUACGCAGUUUAAUCUAUGUGUAGCUGAGGCAAAGCGUUUUAUGAUUAUGGCCAUCAGGCCAUCUAAUGAACUUGGUUGCAACCAGAUGCGUUGCUUUAAGAGCAAUGGCUACAGCAUGCUCCAGAAUUAGUAGACUUGCAUGUUUGUUGGGUAACAAAGUCAAGUUUUCCUGCACUGGGAUUUUGGACUUUCCACUUGGGAGUUCAAUGAAGAGGGGUAUUGUUUCUUUCUGUUACAAAUCUCUUCUUAUAGGUUCUUCUAAUUUUUAAUUUGAUAGGAUCUGUUUCAAGCUCAUACAAGAUACAUCAUCCUAGCAGGGGUUCCCCAUUUUCCGACCUCGCAAAAAAAUAAACGAAAUUGUGUGGAAAAAAACAAGUCAUUCAUUUCUCUUUAUAUAGAAUUAUCCAUUGAUUCCAUUCUUACAUGAAUAGAAUAGAGAAAAUCUAGGGUGAAACAUCACUAAUGUAUCAUUGAUUUUAUAUGGGUGAUUCCUGAACUUCUAGCCAUAUACACCAACUGUUAUAUAUUUAAUUCAAGAGCAAGUAGCCGCAUCCUUCAAGCGUAGAUUUUUUUUCCCUUAGUUUGAGGAUGGUCUUGUAUAAUCUAAAACACCAGAACUGAGAUAAUAUAUUCUCCCAUUUUACUUUCUCU